AUGGGGAAGAAGGGCAAGGAGGCGGCGCGGCAGCGGCGGGAGCAGCGGCGGCGGGAGGUCACGCUCCUCCGCGCCGUCCCCUACGAGCCGCACCAGCGGUGGUGGUGGUGGGACGGCCUCGCGCCGGGGCAGGGGCGGGCGGUGGCGGUGGUGACGGGGGCCAACCGCGGGAUCGGCUACGAGGUCGCGCGGCAGCUCGCGCGCCACGGCCUCCACGUCGUCCUCACCUCCCGCGGCGCCGCGCGUGGCCGGGACGCGGCGGAGCAGAUCCGGGCGGAGGGGGGUCCCGCCGUGACCGUGAGCGUGGAGUCGCGGCAGCUCGACGUGGCGGACGCCGCGUCCGUGGAGAGCUUCGCGGCCUGGGUGGAGCGUGCCCAUGGCGGCAUCCAUGUCCUCGUUAACAAUGCAGGUGUAAACUUCAAUAGAGGAGCAGAUAAUUCUGUUGAGUUCGCUGAGCAAGUUAUUGAGACAAAUUACUUUGGCACAAAGCGGAUGAUUGAAGCCAUGAUGCCACUAAUGAAAACUUCUCCCCAUGGUGGCCGGGUAGUGAAUGUAAGCUCAAGGCUUGGUAGAGUCAAUGGCAGACGCAAUAGAAUUGGUGAUGCAAGUCUAAGAGAGCGACUGUUGGAUGAUGAUCACUUAUCUGAGGAGUUGAUUGAUGAAAUGGUCAUGGAAUUCCUUGAACAAACCAAGCAAGAUAAUUGGUCCUCCAAUGAGUGGCCGCAGAUGUACACCGACUAUUCGGUCUCAAAGCUUGCUGUUAAUUCUUAUACAAGACUCUUGGCGAGGAGGCUGUCGAAUAGGCCUGAAGGACAAAAGAUAUACGUAAAUUGUUUCUGUCCUGGGUGGGUAAAGACUGCCAUGACUGGAUGGGAAGGGAAUAUUUCAGCUGAAGAAGGUGCUGAUACUGGAGUAUGGCUUGCCCUAUUACAACAGGAUCAAUCUACAAUUGGGAAGUUCUUUGCAGAGAGACGGGAGAUAAGCUUCUGAGGUGAUCAUAUUUCAAACAGGAAAGUCAAUUGCUCAAUAGAGAAAAAAAGAUAGUCAAAAGAGCCUUAUGUUCACAAACUACUUUAAGACGUGCUGAUUUGCUCUAUUACAAGGCUUUCGAUUUGCCAGUCCUAGGUUUGCAUAGCUCGUGUUCAUUUGCUGGAUGCAGUAAAUAAUCCAUCUCUCAGAAUUACUGUUCUGAUGAAGUGGAAUUUACCACUCAGGCCUAUGUAAAUCUAUGAAGGUGACUCAUGAUUGUUUAAAAGCAAACCAGAUGUUGACUGCAGGUUGUCAAGAUCAUUGAGGGAGUAUAUAUGUCACAUUAAUGUAAGGUCCAUGAUCUCUAAUUUUCUUAAUUUAUGAGAUCAUACCUACUGUCUCUUGGUCAUGAAUGAAGUGGCUGAAAAAGUGGAAUGUUCACCAGGACCACUGGGAUGGCAAUUGGGAAGCAUGGCGGGCUGGCAGGUUCCUUCUUGUACCAAAAGGAUGGCCUGUAUUCAAGUGCACGUCCUAUCAAGGUCUAGGCUGGAUUUCUGGCAACUCCAUUAUCAAGCCAAUUUUGUUGCGAUCGUUUUGCAAAUUCCUGGUCUUCAGCAUUGAAUCAAUGAUGUACCAUUUCAGACGGCCUUGAAGUUUACAGGUGUGAUUUCUGCGCAACAAGUACAUGGAUUAUUUGGACAAUCGGAGAAGGUUGUAACCAUAUCGAAGAUGUCAGAGUCAGUCUACAAUCGGUCAAAUAAUCUUAUCCCCUACAGCUACAGGUGGAGAUGAACAUUGCCAUAUGGGCUGUAUAGUGCAUUCAGUUUGUCAGCUCUGAAAAUUCUGGAGCAAGGCCAUGCCGGCCGGAAAACAAGACAGCAUGAUGCUGCCUAGCUGGUCUUAAAUGCACCAUGCCUCUGUGGGCGCCAUUGGUUUCUACUACCUCCGUCCCAUAAUAACCUCAUUUUUUAUUUUUUCGUAUCCAACA